GCCCCGCGAGGAGCGCGAGACACGCCGAGGGAGAGACGGGGAGAGGCGCGCGCCGCAGCCGAGGACAACAUUUACCCGACACAGGGGCAACUACGCGCCGCGGAGGGGACACCGUCGCGGGGCGUCCGUGGGCUCCUUCCCCGCUGGUUCGCCUCGCAGAAUGUUCUGCGCCCCCGGUUCUUCAUUCCCACGGAACACGGAGCAGCCGCCGCGGCGUCCCCACGGACACUGAAGCCCAGAUGCUCGCCCUCUCCGCCGACAUGGACGACUCCUCGUCGCUGCUGGAUCUGCUGGAGUGCUCGGUGUGCCUGGAGCGCCUGGACACCACGGCCAAGGUACUGCCGUGCCAGCACACCUUCUGCCGCCGCUGCCUGGAGAACAUUGUCAGCUCGCGGAACGAGCUGCGCUGUCCGGAGUGCCGCAUCCUCGUGGACUGCGGGGUGGACGACCUGCCGGCGAACAUCCUCCUGGUUCGGCUCCUGGACGGGAUCAAGCAGCGGCCCCAGCGAGGCGGCGGAGGAGGAGGAGGAGGAGUGGGAGCCGGCGGCAGGCAGUCCCUGCCCGGCGGCUCGCUGCAGGGAUACGCGGCCGGGAUAUCCGCUUCUCCUCCGGGCACUGCGAUCAGAGAGCUGCCCGUGGCCACCAGGAGCUCCCCAGUUAAGAAUAUCCCGGCGCUACCGUGUGGUAAAGCCCUCUAUUCCUACGAAGGCAAGGAGCCAGGCGACCUCCAGUUUUCCAAGGGAGACAUCAUCAUCCUGCGACGCAAGGUGGACGACAACUGGUACCACGGAGAACUCAACGGUUGCCAUGGUUUCCUGCCUGCGAGUUACAUCCAGCUGCUGCGUCCCCUGAGCCAAACGCCACCUCAGGGCAAAGCGUUGUACGACUUUGAGGUCAAAGACAAAGACCAGGAUAAAGACUGUCUGGCCUUCAGCAAGGAUGAGGUGCUGACAGUAAUCAGGCGAGUAGAUGAGAACUGGGCAGAAGGCAUGCUGGGAGACAAGAUUGGCAUCUUCCCCAUUCUUUAUGUGGAGUUAAAUGAAACGGCAAAGCAGUUGAUGGAGAUUGACAAACCCAUGCCGGCUAACGCGCCGGGCCCGAGCUCCGAGCCAGCCCCGCUGGGCCCCUGCUCUCCCGGGCCGUCCCCCAGCGCCUCCCCGUCCAACGGGAACGGCUCGGGCCAUCGGCGAGGCGAGGGGAAGAAAAACGCCAAGAAGCGGCACUCGUUUACCGCGCUGUCCGUCAGCCAGAGAGCGGCUCAACUCAACAACCGGCACAGCAUGGAGAUCUCCCACCCCGUCCUCAUCAGCUCCUCCGACCCCCGAGCCGCCGCUCGCAUCCAGGAUGCGUCCCCACCUGGUCCCGCUCCCUCCUCGACGGGGGUGCUGGUGCCCCCCAAAGUGGCAUCCAUCACCUCUGAGCUGCUGGCCCAUGCCAAGGUGCAGCUGCCACUCAACAUAUACCUGGCUCUGUACGCCUACAAGCCCCAGAAGGCUGAUGAGCUGGAACUUCGGAAAGGGGAGAUGUAUCGGGUGACGGAGAAAUGUCAAGACGGAUGGUUCAAAGGCACCUCGCUCAGAACCGCCGCCUCCGGUGUCUUCCCAGGAAACUAUGUCACCCCUGUGUCCAGGGCUCCGUUUGGAGUCGGUGCUACCCGCGGGUCCUGUCUAUCCAGUCCUGGAGGAGGGGGGAGUGGAUGCAGUCAGGUGGCAGGUAAAGUCGCCGACCCUUCGUCCCCCGGGUCUCCGGGGCCCUCCUCGUCGCGCCCCUCCACCCCGCUGGUCAACUCGGCCAACUCCGCCAGUCCUGCCUCCUCGCCGCAAACUGCCGCCGCUCAGCUGAAGAACUGCCUGCGCUCCAGCCAGCACACAGCCAAUCAGGCACGCACCUCAAUGCAACUGGUUCACAGUCCUCCUGCUGGAAGUCCAGAGCGCCCCACAGUGGCGAUCUCCCCGCUGCGUCCUCAGAGCUCCUCCCCGUCGCGCUGCCCCGGCCAGUCGGGCCGUCCUCUCUCCAUGGUGUCCCCGGGGCCCAGCCUGGGGCCUUCGCCGCUGUCUUCCCCGGCCUCCCGCCCCAUCCUGUCCCUGUCCUCCCCCGUCUCCUGUCUCACGCCUCCCAACGUGUCGGCGGUGCUCCUCAACGGCGACCCGGGCAGCCCUCUGCAGCCGCCGUCGCCGGGCCCCUCCCACGCUCCCGCCCAGGGAGCCAUCGCUCCCAAAGCAGAGAAGAAGGAGAGGAAAGCCGGCGGUCUGUUGAAGCUGCUCUCGGGCGCCGCCGCCAAGAAGAAGCCUCGCUCGCCGCCGUCGUCCCCGCCCACCCACGACCCCUCGCUGCCCGCCGACCUCGCCCACCACCCCCACCACCACCACCACCACCACGGCCGCUCAGGCUCCUGCCCGAUGGCGUCGCACGGGCGCGCCGGCUCCUGUCCCAUCGAGAGCGAGAUGGCGGGGGCCAUCGGGCUGGAGCCGCUGCACAGGAAGUCCGGCUCUCUGGACACCAACUUCCCCCUGUCGCCGCCGGCAACACGCGCCAGCAACGCCCUGAUGGCCCUCCGGCCGGAACCCAAACCGCUGUCCAGAGAAAGGUUUCGCGUGGUGGUACCCUACCCUCCUCAGAGCGAGGCGGAGAUCGAGCUGCGGGAAGGAGACGUGGUGUUUGUCCACAAGAAACGGGAUGACGGCUGGUACAAAGGCACUCUGCAGAGGACGGGACAGACCGGCCUGUUUCCCGGCAGCUUUGUCGAAAGCUUCUGAAAGGCACACAAAAAAAAAAAAAAAAAGGAAAAAAAGAAGAAGAAA